AGUGUUUUAAGACGAGGCACGACUGCACCUACACCUCACCUUUACUCACCACACCACAGUGCAGUCAUGUGGAUGUACCUCCUCCUCUUCGUCGUGGCUCCUCUGGUGUCUGCUCAGACCUUCAGCUGUGGGCCAUGUCCUCAAGUGAAUGUACAGCAGCCGUUUGACCUGCAGAGGUACCUGGGCCGCUGGUUUGAGAUAACCAAACUCCCAGCAUCCUUUGAGAGAGGGAAGUGCAUCGAGGCAAACUACGCCCUGAGAAAAGACGGGACCAUUCAGGUCAUCAACAAACAGAUGGAGAUACCCGGGACGUUAACACCAAUAGAGGGCACUGCAGUAGUCAAAAACCAGUCAGAGCCUGCCAAACUCGGGGUCGGAUUCUCCUACUUGUCUCCCGUGGGCUCGUACUGGGUGCUGUACACAGACUACACCAGCGUCUCAGUGGUCUACUCCUGCACUGACAUCUUGCGUGUGUUUCGGGUGGAGUUUGCCUGGAUCUUGGCCCGGAAUCGUACCCUGUCCGUAGAGACCAGAGCCCGGGCUGAGGCAGAGCUGCAGAGAGCGGGAGUCAAACUGUGCCAGCUCAUCCCCACAGACCAGAGCGGGUGUGAUCUGAACAUGCUGUGACAUUAAUCAGAGAGAUUCUAUUGUGGAUUGGGAUAUGCAUUACACAUUAGCCAGAGUGUAUAGUUGAAAACUGCUUUGUCUUAACUUGAAAUUAAAGGUGCACUAUGUCUAUGGAGAUGAUAAUGGAAUGUUUUACAAUAUAUAUCUAUGUUCAUGGAGACAAGCAGCCACCAGGCCAGUGUGAUAAAUACAAUAUAGUUAAAUGUAGUAACAUACUGCGGAGUAUUCCAGGCAAUGCAACAGCCGGUGGCCCCUCCAUCAGGAAUGUUGUAUAGUGCAUCUUUCAAGUGUAAAUUAUUUAAUUAGAAAUCAGAAGUCUACUAAAGCUACCAUGUGUAGGCUUUUUUUUUCACCAGUAGAUUGCAGAUGUGAAAUCUGCCCUCCCCCUCACCUCACCUGGCCUUUGUUCAGACUCACCUGUGCUCUCUGCUCUUCUUCUGUCCGGUCAAAGCUGACACACUGUACAUACAGAAGUAAAGUAUAGAGCAUACAGUAUAGUGGUGAAGUGUGAGAAUACAAAUGAAACAGAAAACGUACACCAAAGUUCUUGCAGAGGUGCAAAUGCAAGAAACAGCAAUCCAAAAGUCAAAAAAUGCAUAGCACACUCAGAUGGCCGAUGUCCAAAAGCAUUUUUUAUUUUUAAAUUAUGUUUCGGAAAAAAGCUUUUGUCAGAUAAUUUGUUUUGCUUUGGACCACAGUACACAAAAUGGUUGCCGGUCCAGGUGCUCAUAUCCCCACCAACAAACAGGAGGUCCCAAAGUGAGAUCACCCAGUGAGUUUAGCCCACUCUACAACAAGAAAAAACUGUAAUACAUUUGCAUAAAAUCUCAUAAAAUACAAAAAUAGUUUGACCGUAUCACAAAAAGCAUCUUUGGUCAAAGUCCACAUUAAGUUUGAUAAGAGCAAGAGUCUCAAGUUGAGGUGAAUCCAGAAGUACUGUGUUUUUGACAGGCACAAAGUGUGAGAAUACAACAGGGCCAGGUCGGUCAGUCUAAUAGGCUCUAUUCAUGCUUAUGUCACAAACCAGGACGACAUUUGGAAACAUGCGAUGACGACUUCCAGUCUAAUUACCGACACUGGGUUAGCCGACUGACUGUGAUCAGACCCAUUGAAGUAAAUGUGAUCAGCAUGAAUCUUGAAUUUGGCACCUCAUCUCUUCUAAUCACAUGUACCCUGUGCAUUCGAAGUUGUGCAUCAGUGGGGAAAUAAUGCAAACUGAGGUAUGGUUGGAAAUGUUGAUUAGCCGAACAUAACAACGCUACAAUGAUUUAGAUUUAGAUGAAGAAAAACGGACCUGGGAAGUUGUUAUCUCAUCUUUUUUGUGACAUAAGUCUAUUAGAACCUAUUAUAGAUGGAUUAAAUACUU